GCUAGUCGGCGUGAUCACUAGACUCAACUUCGCAAGGUUGGGGCAUUUUCCCUUGCUCUUACUUCCGGGUGAUUCCAAUCAAAGCGACGGAGGGGAGGUCAAGAAAACCACGAAACGCAGGGAAAUAAUAUGCCUGCUGCGCCGAAACAGAGGAAGAUUGCCAUUGUUGGUAGUCGGUCCGUUGGCAAAUCGUCUCUUACGGUCCGAUUCGUUGAACAUCAUUUUGUCGAGAGCUAUUAUCCUACCAUUGAGAAUACGUUCAGUCGCAUCAUCAAGUACAACGGUCAGGAUUUCGCCACAGAGAUCGUUGAUACAGCUGGUCAAGAUGAAUACAGCAUACUUAAUUCUAAGCACUUCAUCGGAAUACACGGGUAUAUCAUUGUUUAUUCUGUAGCGUCCCGCCAGUCGUUUGACAUGGUGAGGGUUAUACGCGACAAAAUUCUGAAUCAUCUUGGAGCGGAUCACGUUCCUCUCGUGAUUGUUGGAAACAAGAGCGAUCUCAAAUCGGAACAGCGUCAAGUUUCGCUGGACGAGGGUAGGCAAUUGGGCGAAGAGUUUCAUUGUGCGUUCACUGAGGCUAGUGCUCGUCUCGACUACAACGUCACGAAAGCGUUUGAUUUGAUGAUCGGCGAGAUUGAGAAGUCCCAAAACCCGUCCCAACCAGCAGGCGGCAGCAAGUGCAUGCUAAUGUAGCGCUACUUGAGGUUCCUGCAUUCCUGUCCAAUCUUCAUACGGGUCUGCGCCUCAAUGAGCGGAAAUGUAAUGAAAUAUUGAGGUUGUGAAUCAUCCCCGGUCCCGAUGUCCUGCCAGUUCUAUGGCCUAUCUGUUCUAUAAUCUCAGUGUUGUACAAGGGGGGUUGGGAAGACUGAGGGUCGGACACUGCUGGAGAGAAGGAAGUAUGAUGACGGACAACUGGGAUUCGAGAUGAGGUUUUAGACCAGACCCAGCAUCUUGCUUUGUAAAGGCUGAAUGAGCUGCACAGUGGAGCGUUUCCAGAAUGAGCUCACGCAGGAAGUGCAUUCUGGUCUAGGAGAUACAGUGGCCCUUUCUUUCUACAGUAUACGGGU